AUGUUUUAUGUUUUCGCAGAUAAAGUUCGUCGUUUAUCCAGCAUCCACGAAGCUGUUCGUUUUGGUGACGUAACAGAACUACAGGCCAUGGUGCAAAGUGGAGCUGGAAUUAAUGAUGUAGAUCUUAAGUUUAAAUUUACACCACUUCACUGGGCUUGUAAUUAUGGCAGUCUAGAGGUAUUGGGAACAAUCUUUUUAACAAAUAGAUAUGAUUUUACUGUUGUCUGUUCAGUUAUAGAUACACUGCAGUAUGACAUCAUAAUGUGGGAAGAACCAUGCGUUCUUGUAACUUAAUGUUUUUUUCUCUUUCUAUCCCGAAUUAGCUUCCAUUUAAAUAAUUUCAGGUUUAAUGGCGAAAUUUUUAGGUUUAAGAUUAUGGUUGGUGCUAAGAUUAACUUAUUGGUUAGGUGAAGGUUUAGAAUAAGAAUUCCCAGAAACCUCCUGGGGGCGGUUUUUCCUUGUGGCCUGUGCGAAGUGUAGUGAAAUAUUUUCGGUUCUAAUAAAAUACAAUAGAAUGGAAACUCCGAAGAAAUUCAUAUUUUUAAUUCAACGUUUCGGCUAUUGUUGAGUCAUCAUCAGGAAUUAUCAUAUAAUUCCUGAUGAUGACUCAACAGUAGUCGAAACGUUGAAUUAAAAAUAUGAAUUUCUUCGGAGUUUCCAUUCUAUUGUAUUGUAGUGAAAUAUGUUACAUAUGUAUGGAAAUAUCUUGGAUUGUGAAAAUACGGUCAGAACAUGAAAUAAAAAAAUGCGGUCGGAAAGAGUUGAGGGAAUGUAUGAGUUCAUAUAGAAUUAUCAAGUUGCACAUUUUCAAAAUCUAGUGUUGUUAGCAAAUAUUAUUUAUUUAUUUAUUUAUUAAUCUAGUGUUGUUGGCAAACAUUUAUUUAUUUAUUUAUUUAAUUAUCGUUUAUUGUAUAGUGUUUGCAUUGGCUCCUGUGGCAUGGUGCGUCUUAUUCGGAAAAAUCCCCAGAUGGUUGGACACCAGCUCACAUUGCUGCAAUACGUGGACAAGAUGCGUGUUUACAGGUACUACCUAAUACUGGGAAUACAACACUUUUUUGCCUCGAAGCGAUUUUCGGUUUUCCAAAAUUAGUCCUACAUACUCCUAGUUUGGGUACGUUGUAUUUGUCAUAAAUUUGUGAUUUUUUUUUCAUUUUUGUAUCCAAUAAACGGUGUAUAAUAUUAAGCUUGUAUCCAUAAGUGAUAAGGGUCCUGCAUGCAAUUCCUUCUUAGAGACGGAUUGGGCUGUUUCGUGUGAUGGUGAAAGAAAAAUUGAAUGUAUGUGAAACGAAGUCUCGUAGACAUUCCUAGACAUAUAAACAAGAUCAAAACGGCUAGCAACAACCUAUGCUACUCCUCUGAAAGAGAAUUUGUCAGACAAAACGGUGGACAUUUCCGAGAUACGAGGUUGCAAGAUCUUAUCUAUCUGUUAAACUUACACUUUCAAGUGGGUAAAAUAAGCAAAUAUUUAGAUUUGAACUACUUUGCCCUUUUAAAGGCAUUUGCAAUUUUAUUAAUUUUAAGCAUGUAUAAAAUAUUUACACAUCGAAAAUUUACGGAAUUAUGGCUAUAAAUUUGAAGGCAUUUUUGUGUGCUUUGCAUAAAAUGUGGUAAAUUCUAUUCGCAAGUACAAGAAGGAUUCACUUAAACUUGGUUGCAUUUUAAGGCCCAAAUACAAAGUAAAACCUAAAUCUGAGAUAAUCAAAAUGUAAAAACUUAAGGUAAGUGGUUAUAUAUUAACUUAAUAACAUACUCUUGUCAUGUACGAUUAUACUUGGAUUUCUUUGUACUUUUGUUCACUUUAUUGGCUUUACUGUAAUUAUUGUAACACUUUAUGUUGUGGCAAAAUGGUAAAAUUACUAGAAUAUAAUGCCAUAGAUUAUUUACCACCAGGAAUAUACUACAUAACAUGCAAUUAGAAUUGUUGUUGUGUUAGGGGAAUGUUGUUGUGGCAGGCUGUAUUUGCGGGCUUUUAGAUUUUCCCCGCCCUUAAUUAAAGCCCGCAAAUACUGUACAGCCUGCUGCGCAGUUUAGGGAAAUCCCGACUGUAUCACUGUGUUGGGGAAAUCCCGGCUGUGUCACUGUGUUAGGGAAAUCCAGGCUGUAUUACUGUGUUAGGAAAAUUUCGGUUGUACUCACAAACUCUGUUUGCGGUUGAUCUUCAACAUCGAAAUUCUUGUCCUACAAGAUUUUAUCAGUAAUUAGACAUGGUUGGAGGAGGUUCAUCACAGAACGCUGAACAGAAUAGUGAAACAUCACAAGAUGAUCUUGAUAGAGAACCCAUACCAAAGAAACGAAAGACAAGGCUGGCUUCGCUCUUUAUAUGCCUCUUUACUGCCACCGCGAAAUAAUCGCUUACGGCUUCGUUGGGAAAUCAAUAUUCGAGUACAAACCAGUCAAUGAUGGUUUUUCUGCAGUUUCUACUAUUAAAAUGGAAGCAAUAAAAAAUAUAUCGACCAUACUCUACAUAAUGGAGGAAACGGAAACUUAUCCAGUAUUUUUUAACCUUGGCUUAGGAUUGUUGGGCAUUAUACUUGGCACUUUUGUUGAUCGCUUUUCUCUUAUAUUUGAGGAACUCUUUCAUUGGAAAGAUGUGUAAAGCUUGUUUUAGUGGAAUCUCGUGGCCUGCAGUUAUUGUUAUUUUUUCUGGUCGGUGCAGUAAGCCUCGUACUGGCGAGAAAGACUUCGUUUAAACUUGGAGAUCUCGUAUAUAUCUUAGGCGGAAUCGGCGUUGGUCCACUUGUAACGCACUUGCUUAACCUCAACACACAAUCCGAAGUUGAUGUGCCGAGGCUUCUCGAAGAAAAGAGACUGUAUCCUGCAUACACUAUUGCGUGGAACUACUACUUCCAAUAUUCAAAAAAGCUUGCCGAUAUUCAACGAAUGUUUCUCCGAAAGUAAUAUUCCCGUGCAAGAUCAAGGCACAGGUCAAGGCUCGUCAGAUCAAACUGCACAGCCAGAAGUACAGUUAAGUUUGAAAAAACUGAUCCUGCUUAUUUCACACAAUUGUAAAACAAAAGACAAUUUAGAUGAGCUUGACAGUCAUAUUAGAAAAAUAACUGUUGUAUCAAACAAUGGAUACAAUUUCCUGUUUAUGGUCUAAAAUACAAUGGAGAGGAACACAUAUACGUUGUACUAUACACCAAUGAACAUUUAGAAACUUUAAAGGAGAUGAGCAAGUCUGAGCGGAGUAAAGCUAUACAUCAGAAUGAAUGCGAAAACCAAGUAAAGCUGUUUUAUAGAACAUUGGAAUCCGAAAUUCUCACCGACCCAUUAGACGACUAUCCUUGUACCAACGAUGGCAGAAAAUUAAAAAAUGGAGGACUUGUUAAAUUAAUGACUAAAGUCAAAGCAGACGAGUGUGCACUGAAACACGAGCAGCUUGAUGGUUUCAUAAAAGCACCCACACCCACCAAGAAAAACGACAUUUCAGUCUCAAAUAAGAAAACAAGAGCAGAGUUGGAAACAAAAUGUAUGUUAAAAAUUAUAUUUCAUUCUAUAAAUAUGCGUAAAAAUGUUCUUGGCAAGCUUUGUUCGUACUGCAAAAUUGUUCCCAGUUGUUCGCACUACUGAACAAGUUGUUAUCAUCUUGUAACAAGGUUGAUGAGACCACUCGCAACAAGUUGUUCCAACAAUUAAGUCUCAUAUCAGCUGCACAUAACAAUUUAUUAACAAGGUGAUGACAACAAGCUCGUAGCGUUGUGAACAGUCUUUAUCAGUCUUGUUAAACGUGUUCUCAAAACAUGUUAAGCACAGUGCCAUUGUUGAGUACUACCUCUAGAAGUAGUGCCCUAUCUUGGGCGCUGUGCCCAAUUACAUUUGGAAGCGUCGUACUCAAACUAGGCGCCAAAACAAGUGACGGACACCAGUGCCCGGGGCACCCAGUCUGAACGCAGCCUAACGCCUGUAUUCUAAAAGCUCACUCGUAUCUAAAAGCUCAAUUCGAAGAGUGGAGCCGGGUUCAAUCUUAGCUCCCCUUGAGUGUCAGUGCAGAUUUUUAAAUAGCCGGAGGGUGAGUAGUCACAUACAGGUAGUAAAGUACGACACUAACCCUCCAGCUAUUCAAAAACUGCACUGACACUCAAGGGAAGCUCAGAUUGAACCUCCACUCUUCGAAUGUGAGUGAGCUUUUAGAAUACAGGCGUAAGUCUGUUAGCGUCAUCAGACUUGUUACAACAACAACUUGGCACAAGCAGUGCGAACACAUCCUGAUAUCUUCUUGACAACAACCUUGUUACAACUUGUUGGCAGAUCUGUAAACAACUUGCGCGUUUUUACGUGUGUAUCUGAUGUUGACUUUGAAAUAAAGUAAAAAAUUAGAUUAACGAUCUUCAGUAAACUAGCGCUGUAUUGGACUGUCUCGUCCUUAAUAAACCUGUUUGUUCAUCCAGGAGAACUGAAAGGCUGUUUUCCAUCAUUACAACAGUAUCGUACCGAACCGUAGCGUAUUUCUUUGUUUCCAUCUAUAGCACUAUAGAGUGGAACUAUCGACUUCGACACAAAACUGAGAAAAUACUACGAUACGGGUGAAGCGGAAAACAGCCUGAACUGGACUAUCCAAGGAUAAAAAUAAAAGAGAUAUACUGAAAACAUCAAUAAGUUAUGAGGGGUUGUUUUCUUCCAUUGUUUCUGAAAAUUUACAGUCUCAUAAACUUUAUGAUUACCCGUUUCUUGAGAAUCUAUAAUUAUAAUAAUAAAAUUAUAAUACUCUCUACCGUUAUUCUGUGAUGGGUAUAAAGCAUUUUCUAGCUGCAUUAACAAAACAUCAACAAUAGGAGGCAGGCAUCUCUUUAUUGCCCAGUUUGUCGGACACAUACAUUAUUACACAAUUCAUUCUUCACAAAGAUUAUCUAGCUCGUGUAUUGGUAAAGAGAAUUAAAUACUCUACUGUUCCCCCUCGGGAAUUAACCUCACAUAUCACCGUGUCCGAUUACAUUUCGUAUUGUUUAAUGCUAAUGCGCAUUGUUUAAUGCUAAUGCGCAUUAAAACAUUCUUUUUAAUAAAUAGUUUUGUUGGUGGAAACACCACGUAAAUUUAUUAUUGCAGUAAUAAAUUUACGUGGUGUUUCCACAAACAAAACUAUUAUAUUUUAUCGCCAUGCAAACAUACAAAGAACUUAUUCUUUUUAAUGUUAAAACAUUCCAAAAUAUGAUCAAAUGCGCAUAUUUCAGUUAUACUUUUCAGAUCAGACAGGUUUGCCCUGCAGCCAUACAGAGAAACGUGAUCAUUUUGGAGGAAAAGCACGAUAUAGUAAACAGGACUACUUCACUGACAGUAGGAAUGAAAAUGAAAACGAUGCAUUACUUGAAGAGAGGCAGUAGGAUAGACGUGGAAGAGAUAAAGAACCUGUCAGUAGUAAACUACAACGAAAGUACCAGAGGGCAUCUAAAGAAAGUGGGCAGCAGGAAAUUCUUCUUAAUACUGUUUUUGUUGAUAUAGAGGAUGCGUGUGACAAAGGAAACAAACAUCAACAGCUAGCUAGUAAUUCUGUAAAUGAAGAGGAAAAUAGCUCCAGGAGAGAAAUGAACAAUGAUAGAAAACCAACUACAAGUUAUAACCCACCAAUAUCAAACUAUGCAGGAGAGACUGCAAAUCAACGAAUGUCAAGUAACUUUGUGUAUGAAGAGGAACUUUGUCCCAGUGAAAAAGAGUAUGAACAAAGAUUCGAUACAAGUUAUAACCCACCAGUAUUGAACCGUACAAGAGGGACUGAAAAUCAACCAAUCUCCAUGAAUGGUGCAGAAAAUUAUUUCAAGGAAGUAGACCAUGAUAGAAGACCAGCUACGAGUUAUAAUCCACCAAUAUCCAACCUAACAGAAGCGAAUGACAAGCAAGCAAUAUCUACAAAUGGAAGGCGAAAUAGUACUGGGGGAGAAAAGGAUGAUAAAGGAUUAACCACGGGUAAUAUCCCUCCAUAUCCUGACCAUACAGAAGAGACUGACAAUCAACCAGUAUCUAGUG